AUCACGACUCGAUUAACAAGCCGGAAGAUAUGUACACUGGUACAAUCAAGACUGCAAUGAAAGGAAAGGUAACUCUAAAAUUGUUUAUUUUGUUUUCGGUGAAAUAAUGUAUUUUGUCUUUAAAAAAUGUAAUUAUAAACUUCAAUACAGUUACUAGGUUUAAUGGUAUUAGGAUAGUAGGGCGAGAAAAACUAAGAAUUAAAUUGAAAAUAUGGCUAACAGAAAUAACAUUCCAUUAAAAUCCCCAGUGACUCAGAAGUAUGAGUUUGGUCCAUGGCAAUUAACAUCAACUAAAAGUCACAUCUUAAAAUCAGAAGGACCAGAAAGAGAGAGGUAUAGUACCAAAUCCAUACUGAUAUAAAGUCUCAUCUUAACCAGAAAUAACAUUUCAUUAAAAUCCCCAGUGACUCAGAAGUAUGAGUUUGGUCCAUGGCAAUUAACAUCAACUAAAAGUCACAUCUUAAAAUCAGAAGGACCAGAAAGAGAGAGGUUUGAUAAAGAUUUAGAAUUACCUCAAGUACCGGAAAUGGUUUUUGCUGAAAAUAUUUUACGGUUAGAACAUACAGAUGGAUUUGGUGUGGAAUUUAAUGCUUUAGAUGCUUUAAAAGGAGUUGACGCUCAUAAUGAUCCUUUACAAGUGGCUAGUGCUAAAGCAUGGCAAGAAGCGAGGUCUGAUUGUGAACAUAUAAAAAAUGUAGUAAAACCAUUUGAUUGGACGUUUUCUACAGAUUAUAAAGGCACUGUAUUUGGAAAUAUAAAAAUGGAAUCGACAACAGAGAGAAUAGAUUUAGAAAAGUUAAAGAGAAGAGACCAGAUCAUGUUUUAUGAUGAUUUUUUGUUAUUUGAAGAUGAAUUAUCUGAUAAUGGUAGUUCUAUGUUAAACUGUAAAAUAAGAGUGAUGCCUUCCAGUUUUUUUAUAUUAUUGCGAUUCUAUAUGAGAGUUGAUGAUGUCAUAGUUCGAGUGAAUGAUACGAGAAUUUAUUACGAGAUUGAGAAUAAUUAUAUUUUAAGAGAAUAUAGCAGUAGAGACAAACAGAUGAAAGAAAUAAAGGUAACAUACUAA